UAAAAAAUAAUAAAAUAAAAUAUUUCAAUGCUUUAAAAAAUUCUAACUACCAAAAAAUGACUAUUAAAAAUGCUUAGUCCAGGUCUCAAAAUGGAGGUAAAACAGCCUCCCGGCCGCCCCCAGCCCGACUCCGGCCGCCGUCGCCGCCGCCGGGGGGAGGAGGGUCAUGAUCCAAAGGAACCAGAGCAGUUGAGAAAACUGUUUAUUGGUGGCUUGAGCUUUGAAACUACGGAUGAUAGUUUAAGAGAACACUUUGAAAAAUGGGGCACUCUCACAGAUUGUGUGGUGAUGAGAGAUCCCCAAACAAAACGUUCCAGAGGCUUUGGCUUUGUGACUUAUUCUUGUGUAGAAGAGGUAGAUGCAGCAAUGUGUGCUCGGCCACAUAAGGUUGAUGGACGUGUAGUAGAACCAAAGAGAGCCGUUUCUAGAGAGGAUUCUGUAAAACCUGGUGCACAUCUAACCGUGAAGAAAAUUUUUGUUGGUGGUAUUAAAGAAGAUACAGAAGAAUAUAAUUUAAGAGACUACUUUGAAAAGUAUGGCAAGAUCGAAACUAUAGAAGUUAUGGAAGAUCGACAGAGUGGAAAGAAGAGAGGAUUUGCAUUUGUAACUUUUGAUGAUCAUGAUACAGUUGACAAAAUUGUUGUUCAGAAAUAUCAUACUAUUAAUGGGCAUAACUGUGAGGUGAAAAAAGCCCUUUCGAAGCAAGAGAUGCAGUCUGCUGGGUCACAAAGAGGUCGUGGAGGUGGCUCAGGCAAUUUUAUGGGACGAGGAGGAAACUUUGGCGGUGGUGGUGGAAACUUUGGCCGUGGUGGAAAUUUUGGUGGAAGAGGUGGUUAUGGUGGUGGUGGUGGUGGCAGCAGAGGCAGUUAUGGAGGUGGAGAUGGUGGAUAUAAUGGAUUUGGUGGAGAUGGUGGCAACUAUGGAGGUGGUCCUGGCUACAGUAGUAGAGGGGGUUAUGGUGGUGGUGGUGGACCUGGAUACGGAAACCAAGGUGGUGGAUAUGGUGGUGGUGGUGGAGGAUAUGAUGGUUACAAUGAAGGAGGAAAUUUUGGUGGUGGUAACUAUGGUGGCAGUGGGAACUAUAAUGAUUUUGGAAAUUAUAGUGGGCAGCAGCAAUCAAAUUAUGGACCCAUGAAAGGAGGCAGUUUUGGUGGAAGGAGCUCCGGCAGUCCUUAUGGUGGUGGUUAUGGAUCUGGUGGUGGAAGUGGUGGAUAUGGUAGCAGAAGGUUCUAAAAACUCAUCAGAAAAGGGCUACAGUUCUUAGCAGGAGAGAGAGCGAGGAGUUGUCAGGAAAGCUGCAGGUUACUUUGAGACAGUCGUCCCAAAUGCAUUAGAGGAACUGUAAAAAUCUGCCACAGAAGGAACGAUGAUCCAUAGUCAGAAAAGUUACUGCAGCUUAAACAGGAAACCCUUCUUGUUCAGGACUGUCAUAGCCACAGUUUGCAAAAAGUGCAGCUAUUGAUUAAUGCAAUGUAGUGUCAAUUAGAUGUACAUUCCUGAGGUCUUUUAUCUGUUGUAGCUUUGUCUUUUCUUUUUCUUUUCAUUACAUCAGGUAUAUUGCCCUGUAAAUUGUGGUAGUGGUACCAGGAAUAAAAAAUUAAGGAAUUUUUAACUUUUCAAUAUUUGUGUAGUUCAGUUUUUCUACAUUUUAGUACAGAAACUUUAAUGAAAUGCGGUUUUGAAGGUGUUUCCUUGUUAGUUAACGAGUAGAGAAGAUCAUUGUUAAUUACUAUUUUGUAUGAAUUUUGCUAAAGUUAACUGUAAAGAAACACCUGCUGACUUGCAGUCUAAGGGGAAUCUAUUCUCCCCAAACCAAACCAUAAUACCCAUUGAUAUGAAUGGGAGUUGACAAGUGGAGAGAAUAGAUCAUUUGUAUGUUUGCAAUGUGUGUUUUAGAUAACAACUAGGAUUGGGUAUUUAAAUUAGUAUAUUUGUGAAUUGAUAGCAUUAAGCUUUACCUUUCAAAUGAAAAUUUCAAAUUACCUUUUGGGUUGUGCAUAUAUAUUUUUUUUAAUUGUAAUUCUCUAUGAUUUAGUGUGUUAGCUCUGCCAAGUUCUAGCUGUGUUUAUUAAAAAGGAAAAAAAAAUCCAUUCUAGAGUUACCUUGGCCACCUUUGAAACUGCUGCCAUAACAUAAUGUUGGUUUAGGAGAUAUCUAUAUAGUCUCCUAAUUAAGUUCUGGAUGAUGGGAGGGGUGGGAGUAGGGGCAGUAGUUUUAUUUUUUCUUUCCCUUUUGAAAGAUUUUUCUUAAUGAAUUAAAAGAAAUAGCCCACUACAAAGUCUGCUGUAUCCAAAUAAAUAAUGGAUACUUGGGGUUUUUUUGUUUGGUUUUUAUUUUGUAUUAAUUGGUUUAGGGGGGAAGAGGCCCAAAGAUCUUCAAAUACUUGCCUUGGUUUAAUGUCUUUUUAAUUUAUACAAGCUGUCAGAGCAAGAGAAUAAAAAGCACGCAUUGUGAAACACUUAAA